AUGGAGGGCACAGAUAUUGUCGAGUCGCCGCGCAAGCGGCUCAAGACUGAGGAUACCACCGUUUCGGACGAUGUUGUGCUGCCUCCUUCCACGGUGCCGGCUCUAGAGAUCUCCGAUGGUGAUGCUCAAGCAUUGAAGGAAGCUGAGGUCGGAAUCACCGAAUUUGUCAGUUCAGACAACGUGGGAUUUUCUGGGGUUCUGAAAAAGAGAUACACCGAUUUCCUCGUCAAUGAGAUCCUUCCGUCCGGUGAAGUUUUGCAUCUUCGGAAUUUGAAUCCUCCCACUUCGCCUGCAGAUGGAACCAAGAACAACGAUGCUGAGACCAAGCCGGAGGCUCCUGUAGCGGAUAAUACUGCAGAGUCAGCAGCCGCGGGAGAGAAAGAUGCUCCAGCCGCUAAAGAGGAGGCCGCUGCCGAGUUCCAGAUCUCAGAGGAAGACAAGGCAUUAUUGGAAUCAUUCUUUGGCACGGAGGCUACCGAACGAAUUUUGGCUCUACAUACCCGUGCCCUGUCGAACCCCAGAGCGAGACCGAACGAGUUGGGUCGAGUGAACACCGUCGUUGUCACAGAUCGCGACCAGCGCAUCAAGAUCCACCAAGCAAUCCGUCGCAUUUUCAAUUCGCAACUCGAAUCGCAGACGGACAGCGAAGGCAUGAUGAAUAUCUCGGCCGCUCCCAACCGGAACAAGCGCAACCCUCAAGGUGGACGCGGUUCAGGGCGCGAACGAGGACGGCUCAACUUCGAGGAGCUGGGAGGCUCCUAUCUGCAUUUUACGAUAUACAAGGAGAACAAGGAUACGAUGGAAGUUAUAUCUUUCCUGGCGCGUUCAAUGAAAAUGGCUCCGAGAAGCUUCCAGUUUGCCGGUACUAAGGACCGACGUGGUGUGACCGUGCAGCGAGCAUGUGUAAGCCGAGUCUUUGCCGACCGGCUCGCAAAGCUCAACUCUGCCCUUCGCAACUCUGCCGUGGGAGACUACGAGUAUUGCCGCCAUGGCCUCGAGCUGGGUGAUCUGAAGGGCAAUGAGUUCGUCAUCACUCUGCGGGAAUGCGUUAUUCCUGGUGUGGACCUUCAAAAUCGCGAAGAUGCCAUCGCCAAGGCCAAGGAGUUUGUGGGCUCUGCAUUGCGAAACCUCCGUGAGCGCGGUUACUUCAAUUACUACGGCCUGCAACGUUUCGGAACCUUUGCCACCCGCACGGAUAUGGUCGGUGUGAAGAUGCUCCAGGGUGACUUCAAGGGCGCCUGUGAUGCAAUCCUGCAUUACAGUCCUCAUAUCCUUGCAGCAGCCCAGGAAGGCAACUCGACCUCCACGAUUAGCUCAGAUGACAAGGCUCGUGCGGAAGCAAUCCACAUCUUCCAGACUACCGGCAAAGUCACCGAGGCCGUGGAGAAACUGCCUCGGAAAUUCUCAGCGGAAAACAACCUGAUCCGCCAUCUGGGCCGCUCCCAGAACGAUUAUCUCGGAGCUUUGCAAACCAUUCCCCGGAACUUACGUCUGAUGUACGUGCAUGCUUACCAGUCACUGGUCUGGAACUUCGCUGUCGGCGAGCGCUGGCGGCUUUACGGCGACAAAGUCGUAGAAGGCGACCUCGUCCUUAUCCACGAGCACCGCGAAAAAGUCGAAGCAACCGGCCCUGAAGCCGAGGUCGACGCCGACGGCGAGGUUGUCGUCAAGCCUGCAGCACACGACAGCGCUUACUCAGCUGAGGACAUGUUCGAGCGCGCCCGCGCCCUAACCGCCGAGGAAGCCUCCAGCGGCAAGUACUCGAUUUUCGACGUGGUCCUGCCGCUCCCUGGCUUCGACGUGGUCUACCCCGCCAACGAGAUGACCAACUUCUACAAGCGCUUCAUGGGCAGCGAGCAAGGCGGUGGUCUCGAUCCCUUCGACAUGCGCCGCAAGUGGAAGGAUAUCAGUCUUAGCGGCGGCUACCGCAAGGUCCUUAGCCGGAUGGGUGUGGACUACUCGGUGGAUGUGAAACUGUAUUCUCAGGACGACGAGCAGUUCGUGCAAACGGAUUUGGACAGGCUCAACGGCAAGGAAGCGGCUACUGAGUCUAAUGCCGAUUCCGCUGACAAGAUCGCCGUGAUCCUUAAGUUCCAGCUCGGAUCGAGCCAGUAUGCCACAAUGGCGCUGAGAGAGCUAAUGAAGGGCAAGGUGGUGGCUUACAAGCCGGAUUUUGGAGGUGGACGUUAG